AUGACUACAAUAUCAAUAGAUCCAACAGAAUAUGUCGAAGUAGAUGAAGGAACAUUACAAUUUCCAAAUGCACAACAACAAGCAAAAUUUGAAUUAGGUGUAUGCAUGGCAAUAUAUAAAUGGGAAGAAUUAAAUACAGCAGUUGAAAAUUCAUGGGGUGGAUCUAAUUCAUCUGAAAAAAGAGAUUGGAUAAGUGGAGUUAUAAUAGAUUUAUUUUUGGAGAAUAAAGCAGUUGAUAUACAAUUAAUUGAAGAAACUUUGUUAUAUGCAAUGGUUGAUGAAUUUGAUACAGAAGUUGAUAAUGAUUCUGCAUUAGAAAUUGGAGGUUUAAUUAUGAAAUUUUAUAAAGAUGUACAAUUGGAGAAAUACAGUGAUAUUGAUCAACUAUAUCAAAAAUGGAAUGAGAAGAAAAACACGCAGGCAGAAAAUAGAAAAGUACAUAUAGAGGAAGACCCAAAUAAUCCUGAUUCAAGUGAUGAUGAAGAAGAAGAUGAGGAAGAUCAAGAUAUAGAGAUGAGUAAUAAUGACAAUAUAAUUAUAGAUGAACCAAAAGGACCAAUAGUAGAUGAUGAUGGGUUUGAAUUAGUUCAGAAGAAAGGUAGAAGAAGGUAG